AUGAAUGAUCUCAUAUCACCUUUCAAGCCGAAACCUUCUCGGGGUGCCAUCGAGCAGUUGUGGAACAAUACAGGGCAACAACAAACGUCGGUGGGAAUGGUGAAUUACGUUAAGCGGACUUUCGGCAUGUUUGAGGGAGAGGUGGUGGAAGUUGGCGACUUCGCCGGUUAUGAUUUGAUGAGAUUCAUGAACUCGCGGGUCUCGGAGGCUAGGACUAAAGUGGUCAGGAACGAUAUUAAUGCGCUGUUGAAGUGA